UGAUAUUGGCAAAAGAUGGGGAAUCAGAUGCAGCCUCAUCACUUGGGAAUGAAGGGGAAAAUAAAGUGUUUGUCUAUAAGAAGGCAUCUUCUAUUACCAGAAAUUGCAAGUAGAGCAAAUCUGGAAGCCGACCCAAAGAAAACCAUGCUCGGCAGUUCCGAUCGCAAGCCGGUUCAUGGUUGGGACACCACCCCCGAUGACUACCUUUCUCAUAUCAAAAGAAUGGAACGGUCACUGAGUAUUGUGCCCGGUGCCCCCCACUACCCUGUCGUGCAUAAAGCCUUCAACAACAAGUCUCCCUUUGAAGAAGCGCAGGGGAAUGGUCGCAAACAACGUCAACCCCGCAAGGUCUCUUUUCAAGAUCAGCAAGGUCAGAGCAACAAUGGGAGCAGCCAGGUAGUUGAUGAAGAAACUGAUGAUAUUGAAGCCGAAGCCGAAGGCUUCAUCCAGCAAAAGCACAGGGGCUUUGAGCUGUGCAAGUGGAAGACCUUCAAAGCGUAUUGAGAAGGCUAUGAAGCAUGAUGGUAAUGGUUGAUUGGCAGCAGGCAGGCAAAUUCUCAUAGUGUCGCAGACACUCUUAUAUAAAUAAAAUGCAUGUCUUUGAUGUUUUAGGCAAAAUCUCCUUCGAUGUUACUUGUAUGGAAUAUUCAAAUGCAUUAAAGGAAGUAUAUUUACUAUUAGUUGUA